AUGCCUUCCUCUACACCUGCUGCAUCUGCAGACGACAUUGCGAAGCACGGCUGGUCCGCCGUACCAAGGGACUCCAAUGACAUCUUCGGAGAUAACCCGUAUUUGCACAAGCCCCCAGUGAUGACCGUCGAUAAGAUUCCCUUUCCGUCUGAGGAUCCAAUCGUGUCCAACGUACAAACAUACGCCAAAGAGCAUCUACAAGAGCCGACAUAUAACCAUUCGAUGCGUGUCUACUACUUUGGCUAUUGCAUCUUGAAACACCAGUUCCCAGAACACGCAGCCAAGGUCUCCCCGUCUACCUGGGCGCUCACAUGUCUGCUCCACGACAUAGGUACCACCCCAGAGAAUCUACGGUCCACCCUGCUCUCUUUUGAAUGGUACGGCGGCAUCCUGGCGCUGAGCCUGCUGGCCUCGCACCAUGCCCCAAAGCCCCAAGCCGAGGCCGUCGCAGAGGCCAUAAUUCGGCACCAGGACUUGGGUAAUGUGGGUAAGAUCACGUUCCUGGGACAACUGAUACAACUGGCCACCAUUUAUGAUAAUAUGGGAGGCCGGCCGGAGCUUGUAGACCGCGAGACCAGGGACCAGGUCGUUGCGAAAUUCCCGAGGCUCGGCUGGAGUACAUGCUUUGCGAAGACUAUCAGGGAGGAGAACGGACUAAAACCGUGGGCACAUACUACUCAUCUGGGAGAGGAGGACUUUCCGCGAGGGGUCGAGGGAAACGAACUCAUGGCACCUUACGAAGAGAACGAGAAACAAAGCGCUAUGAACUAUCACUAG